GUGUUCUGUCGACGAAGUCUCCUCAGCCGGUCUCCCUCCGCCGCAGCCGUCUUCCCCCGGGCUGGCAGGGAGCGGCAACUGCUGUUGGCAGAGUGGGACAGCGGGAUCGGAUCAUGGCUGCUCCGUCUCCGCACGCACAGCAGCCGCUGCAGUGGAGCGUGAGGCUGCUCCUCACCAGGGAAGAGCUCCCGGCGGGACUGCAGCUCGCCAGUCCCAGUCAGAAAGCCCUGCAGCUGGAGGUGCAGCCGAGGGAGGAGGACGCGGACGUGAUUGUGACAGACGCUGAUGGAGUCUGUGUGUUUAAAUGCUUGGUUAACAGAGACACUGAAUACUGUCGUGUUGGAAGACAGUCUGUGUUAAUUACGCUGGGAUACAGCACUGUUUUGCUCCAGUUCAAGUCACAAGCUGAUUACAAUACAUUUUCUAAUGCAUUGAAGAGAUGCCGUAGCCAAAAGAAGGAGAACUCUGUGUUCAGUCAGCGAACAGAUGAAGCAUCCGCUGCUCAGUAUUUUCAGUUUUAUGGCUGUCUGUCUCAGCAACAGAAUAUGAUGCAGGAUUUUGUGAGGACAGCCACUUAUCACAGAGCUAUCCUACAGAACCACAUAGAUUUUACAGAUAAGGUGGUCCUAGAUGUUGGCUGUGGAUCAGGAAUCCUUUCAUUUUUUGCAGUGCAGGCUGGAGCUAGAAAAGUCUAUGCGGUUGAAGCCAGUUCAAUGGCAAAAUAUGCGGAGCUGUUGGUUAGAAACAACAACCUUUCUGACAAGAUCACAGUUCUGUUCGGAAAAAUUGAGGAGAUCUCCCUCCCUGAGAAUGUUGAUGUGGUGAUUUCUGAACCGAUGGGUUAUAUGCUGUUCAACGAAAGGAUGUUGGAAAGUUACCUGCAUUCCAAAAAAUGGUUGAAGUCAAAUGGAAUGAUGUUCCCAACAUUCAGUGACAUUCAUUUGGCUCCUUUUUCUGAUGAACAGCUGUACAUGGAACACUACUCCAGAGCCAAUUUUUGGUACCAAGAAUGCUUUUAUGGGGUCAACCUGUCCAGUCUGCAUGGUGCAGCUGUGGCUGAGUACUUUCGACAACCUGUUGUGGAUACUUUUGAUGUGAGAAUUCUGAUGGCUCGGACAGUGAAGUACACCGUUAACUUCUUGGAAGCUGCUGAGGAAGAUUUGCAUAGAAUGGAAAUCCCUUUUGUUUUCCAAAUGAUACAGUCUGGACUAGUCCAUGGCCUGGCCUUCUGGUUUGAUGUGGCAUUUGUAGGAUCACUGGUUACUGUUUGGUUGUCCACUGCACCAACAGAACCUCUCACUCACUGGUACCAAGUACGCUGCCUUCUUCAGACGCCCCUUUUUGCUAAAGAGGGGGAAACUCUCUCAGGGAAAGUCUUACUUGUUGCCAAUAAGCGACAAAGUUAUGAUAUUCAGAUUGUGGCUAUGGUGGACCAGACAGGAUUUAAAUCUGAUAAUAUUCUUGAUUUAAAGAAUCCAUUUUUUAGGUAA